ACCCUCACCAUAGAAGCCAAUCCUGUAUGUGUUCGACCUAGUCCUGUUGGCACCCCGCCUGCAGACUACAAUUAUCGGGUUGAGAUUAAAAAGAUAAUCCCUCAAAUACAAUAUUUAGAUGAUGAGCCAGCUGACCAAAUAAACCCAACUACACCUCACACUCCAUCAGAAGACUGGAUGAUGGUAAAGGAUCUAAUUAAGGAAUGUGUUGGGAGCCAGACGGAUACAUCUUUGGAUGGUUCACUUCAAGACUUGGGAAGUGCCCUGCGGAAGGAAAAUAUUAGACCCAGUACUGCCCAGCCAGGGGUUACCAGAAGA